GAAGAAGAAGGAGCCGUGGAAACAAAGAGACUUGGGCAGAUUUUCUUAGAGGAGAAAAAUAUAAACUGAGUGAAAUGUAACCGGAUGUUGGUGAGGACUGUUUGUUCUUGAAGCAGCGGCAGCUUCAUCAUGUCGGAGGAGGCUGCAGGAGCAGAGCGAGGCCCGGAGGAGGAAGAGGAGGAAGGAGGAGAGGGAGGUGAAGAUGAAGAGCGAGGAGGAGGAGGAGGAGGAGGAGGAGGAGGAGGAAGAGAGGUUCCCAUGCCGACCCCCAAAGGUCCUGUUUACUGUGUCUGCAGGAAACCAGACAUUAACUGUUUCAUGAUAGGGUGUGACAGCUGCUCUGAGUGGUUUCAUGGAAAGUGUGUAGGAGUUUCGGAAAAGUCAGCUAAAUCCAUCAGAGUGUGGUACUGUCCGUCCUGCAAAGACAAAAACUCGUCUCUGGAGAUUAAAUACCGCCCAAAGAAGAACAAGGAGAAGGAAGAGAAAGAGUCAGAGCCGGAGAUGGAGGACAAACCUGAUGGAGACGGUAGCUCCACCCCCCAGGCCAAGAUUGACAGGAGGCGGGGCUCACAGAUCAAACGUUCAGCCCGGAUGUGUGGGGAGUGUGACGCCUGUCUGAGGACGGAGGACUGCGCUCAGUGUGACUUCUGUAAAGACAUGAAGAAGUUCGGCGGUCCAAACAAAAUCCGGCAGAAGUGUCGCAUGCGGCAGUGCGAGGUCCGAGCCCGGAAGAUGCUUCGCGUCAAAGACGAGGAGAUGAGUCGCAGCGGCGGCAGGGGGCGGGGCCUGUCGAGGAAGGGGGCGGGACAUCAGACCGAGGAGGAGGAAGAGGAGGAUGGCGACGAAGAGGCGGUCUUCAGUGAGAGCGAGCUGGAGCUGUAUGAGCAGUACAAAGCUGCCGGAUACAGAGACCUGGUGUGGCACAGCGAGGAAGAGGACGCUCAGUCGGACUCUCUGAGGAAGAAGGCCGUGAAGGUGAAACACGUCAAGAGACGAGAGAAGAAGACGGAGAAGAAGAAGUCUGUCUCUGCGGUGAAAGAGGAAGUGAAGCCUGAAGUGAAGCCUCGCCGUCAUAAAGCCAAGCAGCGUCACAGGGAGCGCGUGCGGCACAGCGAGCGAGGAGGCGAGGGCGGGGCUAAGGAGGUGGGCGGGGCCAUGCGGCAGUGUCUGGGACCAGGAUGUGUCCAACCGGCGAGGACCAACUCCAAGUACUGUUCUGACGACUGUGGCAUGAAGCUGGCCACCAAUCGUAUCUAUGAGAUCCUGCCUCAGAGGAUCCAGCAGUGGCAGCAGAGUCCGUGCGUUGCCGAGGAGAUGGGGCGGAGACAGCUGGAGCGAAUCAGGAAGGAGCAGCAGGCGGCGAGGCUCCGUCUCACGCUGAUGGAGAAACGCUUCCACGAGCUGGAAGGCAUCAUCGCCAACGCCAAACAGCAGCAGGUCCAACACCACGAGGAGGUGACAGAAGGUGACGGUGACGACACAGACCUUCAGAUCUUCUGUGUUUCCUGCAGUCAUCCCGUGAACCCGAAGGUGGCGCUGAGACACAUGGAGCGAUGCUACGCUAAGUAUGAGAGUCAGACAUCAUUUGGUUCCAUGUACCCAACACGAAUUGAGGGGGCGACCCGGCUGUUCUGUGAUGUGUAUAACCCUCAGAGUAAGACGUACUGUAAGCGGCUGCAGGUUUUGUGUCCUGAACACUCCCGAGAUCCAAAGAUCCCAGCAGACGAGGUGUGUGGCUGUCCUCUGGUGAAAGACGUCUUCGAGCCGACCGGAGAGUUCUGUCGACUGUCUAAGAGGAAGUGUAACAAACAUUACUGCUGGGAGAAACUUCGCCGCGCAGAGGUCGACCUCGAGAGAGUCCGAGUGUGGUAUAAGCUGGACGAGCUGUUUGAGCAGGAGAGGAACUUGAGGACAGCGAUGACGAAUCGAGCCGGUUUAUUGGCUCUGAUGCUGCACCAGACCAUCCAACACGACCCAAUCACAACCGACCUGCGCUCUGCCAAGGACAGGUAGACAGACAGACAGACAGACAGACAGACAGGUAGACAGGUAGACAGAGCUCUUCUGUUUGAAAUGUGUUUGAAUAUUUCAGUCUGAGAACAUGCACGCUACAGAGCCGUCUGUCUCUGUGUAGCUCGGUUGAUGUCAGUAUUAUCUCCUGCAGAGUUCAGAGUCAUCUUUAACGUUUCUAUACUGUUUUAUUCCUGAAGAACUACACUACCCAUAACUCCCCCAGUCGGAGACGUAAACCACUACAGUCCAACAGAAUCAAGUGUUCAAUAAUCUAUAAAACAAUACGUCAUUAUAAAAUAAAUACAGAGAAAAUAUGUGAUGUUUAUAUUCUGCAAUACAUGUUUAAUCCUUUCACAAUAAGAGCGUAUUGCAGGUUAUUCCAGACAUAAAGUACUUUUUUCAUCCUCAUGACUAACUGCAUCAUUACAGCACAUUAAUAUGAAUCAAUAUAACUCAAAUGAGAAGCACAACACUACGAUUUCAUCAUGAAGUCUUUAAAUCAGGAGUGUCCAACUCAACUUCUCUAAGAGCCAGACACGCAGAGUUUAUUAACAUGCUUUUAUUUCAUCGAAA